AUGUCGGAACAGGAACGUGUAGUAGUAGAGAAAGAGAUCGAGAAACUGGAUCAAGAGAUCACUUUACGAUUACAAACAAUAGAUUCAAAUUUUAGUUAUUGUUUUAGAAAGAUUACACAGGAUAUUAUUCCACAUGUACGCCAAUAUUCUGAUAUAUGUGAUCGUAUCAUUGAUAAUACAGCCGUUUUGACUACUUUGUUUCAGGAAUCUGGGAAUUUAACGUUACAUCGUAAUGAAUUGGAAGAUACAAAAAUUGAAAAAACAAAAGAACCUGUACAAGCAGUUACUACGAAUAUUGUACCUGAUACCACUACACAAGAGUAUCAUACUGCAAAUAUAACAUCAACGGGACAAAUUUUAAGAUUACCUGAUUCUAGUGACGAUGAGGAUAAUGAUAAUAACGCCGAAUUAGGAACCGUUACAACACAUACCACUGAACAACAGGAUUCAAUGUUAACAGACAUUCAUGAUGAUAGUACUACACAAAGACAAUCACGUAAACGGAAAGUUUCUUUAUUAUUACAACAAGAAUAUGGUUCAAGUUCAAGUGCAUUACCAUCUCCAGUAACAAAAUAUCAAAAACCGGCUCAUUCCACAACAAAUAGCUCUCCAUUGAAACAAUCACAAGCAAAUGAAAACGAUGAUACUAAUGAUCUAUUGAACGUCGAUAGUUCUCAAUCAUCAUCAUCCUAA